AUGCGGAGACUGCUCGGGAAAAACAUUCGCCUGAGCAGAUCUGAUUGAUGUAUUGCUAAUGCUUUUGCUGCCCGUCCUUUUAACGCGCAGAGCCUUGCUAUGAAGUACAAUCUCUUACGUUGUAAAACACCAGGUGUUUAUGAAACCACGACGUCUAAGCAUGGAUUAUUGACAACACCAGCAUGAAGUGAAUCUCCAUUAAGUAGGACAAUGUUUCGACUUUUCAAUUAUGUAUGGACAUAAGCUGCUGGUGUCGUUUUUACCUACAAAGUGGAUCGAUAUUUAUGCGCAGUUGUUUAUGCAUACAGUCACGAUUACGAAUGUGGUCAUUUAGGUGGCACUUAACUGUCCAACAAGAGCGUUUCAUUGUGCAGUUUCUAUAAGGAUACGACAGAAAGACAUCCUUGCGGACGACCGGGAAAGACGCCAAGAGAGUGUUAUGUUGAAGGAGGUUUACCUGAAGCAUAGAACCACCACCCGUGACGCUGACAGGAACCCUUCAUCAAGUGGAUACCACGUGUAGGAUUUAAUGCAUGACCCGGGUCAUCACCAUAUGACUAAGCGCUCAUGCAGAGCGUGGACAUAGUGGUAAAGCGGACACAGAUUUGGAUGAAAAACGGGUAAUUAGUAAAACAUACACCUGAGUCGAAACACUCUUAUUUGUACCCAGUGGAUGUGCGCAUUCUCAGGACUGACAGCUGCAGCCAGGUUGUGGAUGUUGGUAAUUGGUGUGCUGAAACGAUUGACUCUCGCAUCCCUGUUGUCUUCCUAAUUAGCCUCUGUGCCUUCCUGUUCACUUUUCUGACUCUGUAGAACUAGCCGUACAGAGAAACGCGUGCUUAAGCAAAGAUUACGCAUAAUUACGCACGGUAUUACACGCUGGGUGAGUUAUUCUGAGUGAUACGGUGAAAAAUGGUAUUCCUUUGAGGCAGAGACAUGAAUCUAUCGCUGCUUGGUUUUUUCCUAAUUUCAAUCUCGGCAAAACAGUUCAAAUGAAUUUUCCGUAUAACUAAGCAAAAGUAAUACGUCCUUCUGCAAAUACAUUGCAAGUGUGAUGGAAACAAAUGGACGAAGGUGCUUCCUCGACUGGAUCAAGUUUCCAUCCUUGUGAUUCCUGGAAGUGUUCGCGAACCCGGGAAGUGUUACCUGUACUCGUUACAGUAGUUCUGCAGACCCACGCACGUAUUAUAACCACGUGAGGCAUUGUCUAGUGGCACAGGAGAAAGAGACAAUGCCUUUCAGCGGAGAUUAUCCGUCGUCAAUGGAUGUUUGUCAGGAAACUAUUUCUUAAUAGUGGACCUAAUGGUGGAUAAGAAAUUAGGUUCCGUAACUUAUUUGAAGAAGGAUUUGCGUGAUGUCAUUGCCGUGUCCUCUCGUUUGUCCACUUAACAGCUUGGUCAUCUAUUAAAUCACCUUGUCCACUUCACUUUCUACAGCCUUAGGUCCAAGCUGCCGUCGACAUGUCUGGACAGGCUUAUGCCAGUCCUGUGGUCAACGGGACGUUCGCUGACCAGUAUGUGACUGAUUAUAAUGGAAUGACCACCAACGGUUCAAACCUUACCGGAAACGUUUCGGAACCGUUUAAUGAGGAGGAUUAUUUGGAAAUGUAUCUUGGUGAACGGUACAUUUCAUUAGGAGCGGUGAUAUUCCUUACCACUGUGUAUGCGUUGAUAUUUGUGACAGGUGUUUUCGGAAAUAUAUGUACGUGCAUCGUGGUCGCCAGAAACAAGUACAUGCAAACAACCACAAACUAUUAUCUGUUCAACCUGGCCGUGGCGGAUGUGUUGACGUUGAUUCUAGCUCUACCACCAGAUGUAUCAACCAUAUGGGAAGCAUACCCUUGGAGGUUUGGGCUUGGCUUCUGCAUCAUCAAGUCAUUCGUCUCCGAGAUGACGGCCUAUGCUUCAGUUUUAACCAUCACCGCCUUCACCAUCGAGAGAUACGUUGCCAUCUGUCACCCUCUCAAAGCCCACUCCUGGUCGUCCUUGUCGCGGGCGGUGAGGAUCAUCCUUCUCAUCUGGACAGUUGCUUGUGGCUGCGCUUUGCCCUAUCCAAUCCACGCCAGGACCUUCUACGGUGUCCAACACCCCGAAACAGGAGAAAACCUGGAAGACUCGUUGUUGUGUAAUAUACCCGUGGACUUCAGAGAGCGGAUGAAGUACAUGUUCCAGUUCUCUACGUUUGCCUUCUUUGUCAUUCCAAUGGUGGUGAUAACUAUAAUGUACGUGUUGAUUGGAGUUCGGUUGUGGAAGUCGCAGAUGGCUGUUGAUGAGAAAAAGAACAAGACAGCGGCAGAGGCAGCAUCCAAGGCCCGAAAGGCCGUGCUCAAAAUGCUUGUUGCUGUUGUGAUAGCGUUCUUCGUCUGCUGGGCUCCCUUUCAUACACAACGUCUGAUGACAAUCUACAUACCACAGGAGCGAUGGACAGACGAGCUGCUGAGGUUGCAGACCUAUAUUUUCUAUAUUUCAGGGCUGUUGUACUUCGUCAGCUCCGUGGUGAAUCCAAUCCUGUACAAUGUCUUGUCUAAGAAGUACAGAACAGCAUUCAAGAGGACGCUCUGUCAGUGCUGGCCCAAAACCGGGUACACCAACGACAUGAGUGUGUACAAGUCAUCUCGAUCGUGUGGAACGUCUGUUACGAUCUACACCAACCAUAAACUGUUACCUAAAGAAAAGUCACGGAUAUUAAAUUCAGAUUCUGAAAUUGUUCACUCUGCGCUGUAGAAGCACAACAUACACACACAUUCUUUUCGUGUACACAGAACACUGCAAAUCAGUAACACACCUUUGUGAUUGUACAUUAAAAUGCACCACCAUAGAUCACAUUAAUCAUUGUGUAUAUACAUUAUGGAAUAUUGUGGUGGACAAUGAACGACGUUCAAACGUGCUCUCUGACAAUGCAGAGCAUGUAUGUCCCACAUGGUUGAAAAUCAAAUAUUGGUAAAUGUUCCUUCCAAUUUGUAGUAUGAAGGCUAUGUAUUUUAAUGCACUUAUAUUUGUUCUUCAUAGUUGGAUACUGCGAAUGUAUCCUUGUGUUCCAUUCAAUGUUCUUGUCGGUUUCUCGCCCGUCAUUUUCAUAUUUGAAUGAUUUGAGAAGUGUGGUCAACUUAAAGACAUUAAAUUAAUUUCUCCAUGUGUUGAAAUGACAUGUGUUUAACUGAAGUGCCAUAUGUUUUGUAAAUUUUAUUUUAAAAUAUGAAGAUUAACGACAUAUGUUGGUAUGGUGUCUCCCAUGAGACGUUUUCUUCUCAAAGCGCGGCAUUUUGCUUCACAAUUUCGAACAGUCAUAAUUUAGAUUGAUGUAAUGUUAUUUAUAGAGUACAUUUUUAUGACAGCUUACAAUUCAUUACUGUCAGGUAUCAUGUAAUAAGAUUACUACAUUUUCUAGGCCAUCACUGGUAGUUGCAUACGAUCGUUAUGGUGAGAAACAUGUGCACAGAGAUUUCUGACAUCCCUGACAGCAACUAUAAAAACAUUUUGAAAAGAUAGUAAUUGGAAAUACCAAUGUUUUAAACAUGAUGGAUGUGGAAAUGAAAUGGAACAACCUAACAGUUCUGAAGUAUGGGGAAUUAGUUAACUCCUCGAAUACUUGAUGUGGAACUAUAUAUAUUUUAAAAACUUAUUAUUUUUAUCAGAUUUUGUCGUUCAUGUAUUUAAAAAUGCGGAAAUAUUAAUGUUUUGACACCUGACACCUUAUACAUACGAGCACGGAAAUAAUUCUUCUGUUGAUAACAGUCGAUUCGUGUGUUUGUUAAAGUAAUUAUUUCAUCUUCUCCAUAAUGAAACAAAAAGAAUGACUAUCGAUGUCAAUGUAUGUUGUUGUUUGUGUUUUCAACAGAGAAUACUUAUUACAUGGUGGUCUGGAAGAGAUGGUUGCGUAUUGAACUAUAUUAACAUUUUGAUAUGUUUUAAAUACUAACACAUACUGGGUUGUCACUAAGCCUACUUAUACAAGUCAGUCUGGCAUGAAGUGUUCCCUAAUUAUAAGUUCUUAUUUGUGUUUAAGUACUAUGAAUCUGAGGCAUGGCCUCGCUGUCCAGAGUUGCGUCCCUUAGGCAUACCAGAAUCCUAUGAUCCUGGGUUCGAAUCCCGGUUCAUCCUGACUGUGUUUCUAACAACACGAUGAGGACAUUACUAAGCCCCUUCUCAUUUGUUAUACCUACAUCACUUCGGGACUGUCUCCACCACAAUUAAGCUGAUAAAAGAAAUUAUGUUCAAAGCGGUUUUAAACCCGGUUUUACUUCUCAUUUAGAAAAUAAUCCUUUUUGUACGAUUGAUAUUGUUUUUUCAUUGCAGUGUUUGUAACGGCGUUGACCUCAGACCUGCAGUACAUGCGUUUGUACACUGUACGGUGAUGACACAUGCUGUUAUGAAUUUGCAUGGGGGUAUCACUUGGUUUUCGGUGGUCUCGAAAAAUAAAUACCACCGCGGAUUCAAAACACGGUUCUGAGUAAUUAUGAUUCUUGGUUUGCCUCCGCCAUACCCGUGAUCAUGGCCAUCACCAAAGUUGUAAAGUGUCAGAUCUGCAAAAUUUAGACCUUUCUUCUCACAGUAAGCUGACAAGCCGUGAUACAACAGAAUUGCUGUUCAAAGCGGCGUUUGGCAAUAUUCACUCACUUGGUUUGAGCAUCCGCAGACGCUAAUAAUCACGAACGUGGAAAGCAAUCUUAAUUCAAGUUUAAAUGUUUUCAAUUGACGUCUCGCCUGAUCACCCCUACGUUUAUGAAUAAACACAUAAUCACAAAGUGUUCCACCGUCUGAUUAUUAUAAUUUGUAAAUGCCAUGCCAUGUCAUGUGAUUCAAAGGUAACGUUCAUCGUUUCACCGGUUUUACAAACAGUGCGUGCCUUUGUUUUUCGUGUAAACACCACAGAAGAACAACAUUCAUAAAGUAUAAUCUCACAAAAACAAAGAAAGAUAAUGGAAGACUCUUUUUAUCCUUCACAAAAACAAAAACAAACUGUUGAAGGAUAAUAUCCGCAACCGAUCCACUAGCUUUACAUUUAGACAAUGUAGAUUAUUGGUCUGGGCAUCUGCGAAAUUCCCGACGGUGCUUUUGCAUAAUGUCAAUAUACAUAACAGCUCUAAGUCCAUAUCAAUUUUUUUUGUCAAGAUAUAUUCAUUUGUUCUCAAUCCAUAUUUCACCGGUUCAGUUGGGAUUAACGGACUUCCGCUGUUCAUAGACAUGUGUCAUCAUAGUACAACGUAGAUCUAUAUAUCGAUUUUCAAAAUAUAUUACAAUAACGGUUUACGCAUGCCUAUAGAAGGAUCAAUUUCGGAUUAUGUUUAUUUAUGUUGUAUUUUAUGUAGCAGCAUGGCUCCAACUUUAAGACACAAAUAAUUAACUCUGAGAAAUGAUAAAUCAUGUGUCAGCAUAUUGAAACAGUCUUCAUAUAAUACUGACACUUAUGAAGCACAGAUUUUCUGACGGUUUCACAACGUUGCCGUUGGUUUUCUUUAAAUGCAAUAUUUUUUUAUUGCAUCUGGCGUUCUCAAAUCUGUUUGACAACAUGUUUGUUAAUCUGAACCAAGCAAACAAGUCUUUAAAAACGGUUAAAAAAAGAAGGUAUACUCUUGAAAGUUGAAUAUUAUUAAGAAUUUCAAACAUUUUCUAAACGUUUCUAGGCUGUAAUCAGUGUCCAGUGUGAGAAUGCAACACCAUUAAACAACCAUAUAUUUUUUUACUUUUCGUUUCAUUUUUUAUCAUCACACGUCGGUGUAUAAUUUUCUUUUACCCUUCAGUUUAGUACAACCAUAAUAAUAAAGAAGUCGUAUAUCCAUAGAACUCUCCCCGUUGUUCAGUGUUCUACUCCAUCUGUGACAUUGCAUUGACCACCAAUGCUUGACUGCUGGGUCCGAAUUUGGUCUGAUCUUGCAAGCAUAAGAAACAGGGAUUUUUUUACUCGGAAUCAGCACAGAAGUCGUGUAAUUAUGGAAGCAUUUUUCAUUCACUUUUAACUUUCUCAGGUUUACUAAUGUUGUAUUGGAAAUAUUUGUCUGGUAAUGUUUGAACAUUUUGCAGCAAUUUCCGUCAUGCCUUUCUUAAGCACAAACGAAAUAGAUUAAUUAGACAUGCAGACAUGCGUUUGUUUUUUUUACGUUGUGAGCAUUUUGGAAAUAAUGGUAUUUGAAUUGAAUGGCACAUAAUGUGUGCAUUGUUUGAUCCAUGCUGUCGAGAUGGAACUAACAGGUUUGGUGUAUACCAUAGCGUACAGUUUCUUUGAAUGCUUCAAGAAGUUAUUUCAGUACACAAAGGAGCUUGUUCAACUCUUUGAUUAUAUAUGAAUUAGUUGACUAACAUUUCAUUAAAUGCUUAUGUUACAUACAUUUAUUGCCUUCUCUUGGGAAGCAAGUUAUCUGUUUAAGAGUUCUUUUGUUGCCUUUAAUGUAAAGAAGUACAAGAAACCAUUGUCCAUGUUAUGUGAUUGACCUUUGAAGUUGGUAUCUUCAAAACGAAUUUGUAAAUGGUUUUAUUAUGAUGCACAUUGAUGUAUAUAUUGAUUAAUAUGUUUGCCAUGCCUUUUUGUGCUUGUUUUAAGUUCAUAUGAUUAAAUACGCUUGUGGAUAGCAGUGUU